GAUUGUUUGCUUGAUCAGACUACCAUUGAAAUACGUUAUACCUAUACUAACACAGAAUUCAAUCAGUCUGACGAUUCGAAUUAUCUUAACAUGGCGCAGGUUCCAGUUCAGAAGUAUUUUCUCGGAUUUUUCAUUAUUUUCCAGGUUAUUUUGGGCUAUCAUACAUCUUCGAGUGCAGAUUGCCAAGGAAUAAGCUCAGAAGUAACAUGUACGUGUGAUGAUUUUGGUCAUUGUGAGAGAGGAACAGUACAAGUAGACCCAUGGCUGCAAAAUACACUCAGGACACAGAUGGAUGUUCAGCUCGAUCUACCGUUCAACCAUGUCCAAUUUUUAGACGCACAUAAUUCAUACAAUACCAGACCAUAUGGAUACUUAUAUGGGGCAAACGAUACGUGUUUGUGGCCGCCCCCAUACGACCCAAGCCGUUGCACUGGGAUUGCUAACCAGGAGUUCAGUUUGACAGACCUUCUCAACAUGGGAAUCAGAGCGAUUGAACUCGAUAACUGGUAUUGCGAAGAUGAGAUGCGCAUAGCUCAUCUUGGAUCGACCAUUGAUCAAGAAUGUAACAGCGGUCAUGUGCUAUUUUCUGAACCCGUUGCCGAGAUUGGGGCGUGGCUAGACGAUCACGAGGGCGAGUUCGUCAGAAUCUACAUGAAUGAAAAGUAUGACCAGGGUAAUGAUGGAGAAGUGAACGGGCCCUUCGAACGUUACCUUGGUGAUCGAGUAUUAACACCGGCCAACCUUAGAAUCGACUACAACAACGAGUGGCCCACACUAAGGACCAUGCGAGAAGAUGGUAAGGAUGUAGUGAUUGCACAUAUUGCUACGGCGGGAACCGGUGAUUUUUACCUUCACCAAGGAAAGUUUAUCCAUCCCGGAUAUUGGCAGGAUAAAAAACAGAAUGAGUUUUCAAAUUAUCCCCAAUGUGGAGGUAAGAACUCAACUAAUGCUCUUCGUUUCUACAGUGACAGUACUCAUUUCUUAUUCGAGAACGACUACAUUGAUGGUCCGACACGCGUAGGGAUCAUCGAUGACUUUAGCGAGUUUAUCAAGUGUGGGAUCCAGUUUCCCGCCGGUGAUCAGGUUCACCCUCAGCUGAUGGAGACGGCUGUCUAUACAUGGGCUAAAGGAGAACCGGCGACGCCGAUCACCGAUUCGACGUCGUGUGUCAUGCUCAGUGGCACUGAUAAUCGCUGGUACACACCGACAGACUGCAAUCAGGAACUCUACUUUGCAUGUCAGAAUGUCUUUGAUACUGAAGACUGGACAUUGAGUGUAUCCGUCGGGAGUUAUGACGUAAACACACAAGCAUGCCCAGAUGGAUACAGAUUCGCGCUACCUCAAAAUGGAUUCCAACAUCAAAAGAUGUUGGAAGGAAUUGAUAAUGCUGACGUUUGGCUCAACGUUGCUCCUCUUCUCGAUGAUUACCAGCCACCGGUACUGCCUACUAUAGCACCAACGGAGGGUGGAACUCAGGCAGUCACCGCGGUCAUAUCAGUGGUCGUCCUUGCUGCAGCCUCCGCACUUUUCAUCCUAUAGAAUCCUGUCGCGAUCACUCGAGGCUGCUAAGAAUCGUUAUUUUAGGGACAUCUGUUCGUAUUGAUAUUUUAUAGUCAUCUCAAUAUGUAUCGCUGUCAUUUUUUGUGGUUUAUAUAGGGCCGGGGGGGGGUAUAGCUACCAAUAUUCGGGGCAGCGCCACGUAGAAGAGGCAAGGACCUGGUCAUGGAGGAUUAUCUAUUGACUUACUGGGGGUGGUGUACCUAUAUGAUAAUAAUAAUAAU